AUGGCCUUUCUGACGACAAAACCAGAGCCAGGAGAGCGCGGGCUCAAAGGAAGAGUCGAUGUAAACUGCCUUCCAGUCAUUAGUCCACCAUCACGUGUCUAUUUUCAUUAUGACGCAUUCGACGAAAGCGUCAAGAGCCAUCGAGCUCGUUGGCAGCUCGUCGAUCGCGUCCGAAUACAGAACCCUCAGGCAUUUCCGACGUUCCCUUUGUUUGAUGGGAAGAAGAACAUCUUCUCAUCCACUCAACUCGCCCUUCCAAACGAUGUGUCUGGCACAUUCUCCGUUUCCAUGGAAGGCGGCAGGAAGCAAUAUGGCGUGACAUUGACUCUCGUUGCUCGGAUUUACCCGCAACACCUUCGAAAUCUCGCUUCGAACGCAUCUUUGGAGGAAAAAAACCAGAGGCUUACCGCGAUUACCCUGCUCAAUGUCCUUGUCCGGAUGGGCCCUGCCACUAGCGCUGGUGCUCUCUUGAAAGGGAGAUCAUUCUUCACCGAAAGGGGUCGCCAGCUCUCCCAGGACGGAACUCUAGAGUUCUGGCGCGGUUUUUAUCAAUCCAUUCGACCGUCGGCGUCAGGGCUGGUCCUGAACGUGGACACGGCCGUCGCCCUCGUAUACCCAUCCGUUAAUCUUUUGGAAGCCAUCACGAAAUGGCUACGUCGGUCGCCUGACGAGCUAAAACGAGUGAUUCUUCGAGGCCAGCUCCAUGAACGGAAAAGGGUGGAGAGAGAUAUAAAGCGGUAUUUAAAGGGUAUAAGGGUAAAAUUUAGCCAUCGUCCGACUGCAGCGUCGAGAGUUGUCGAUAAAUUCAUCUGGGAGGCCCCAGCGACCUUUACCUUUGACAAUAAUGAGCUAGGAAAGGAGCAGUCCGUAGCGGACUACUUUGCCGGCAUGGGCCAUAGGCUCAACUAUCCGUCCGUUCCCAUCAUGGUCUCGUUUGGCUCAGCUGCGCUUCCAAUCGAGCUCUUGAAGAUUGAGAGUGGCCAGUUUUAUCGUGGUGCUAUGCCGGAAAACGUGCAAGCAGAACUUCUGAAAUUUGCGACGCACCGACCGCAAGAGCGCCUCAAUAUGCUUCGAGAUGCAUAUCGGGACCUCCGAUAUAACGAUUCGAAAUACUUGAGAGAUGCGGGAAUGCGGAUUGAUGAAAAUCAUCUGUCGAUAGAAGCACGCGUCCUGACCCCACCGGUCCUUGAACUCUACCAAAGGAAGAUAGAAUGGAAUUCGCGCGAUGAGGACAGGACGAAAGGGGCUUGGAACAUGAAGGAUAAAGUUCUGUAUCGAGCAUCGCGGUUUCUACAUUUGGCCGUCGUAGAUGCAGCCAACGCGCAUGGCCCGCGACUUGGGGAUGUUAUUCAUCAGAUGAAAGGCAUUCUCUAUCAAAUAGGCAUCCGCUUCGAGAAAACCUCCACACACGUCUUAUCUCCGUUCGACCUUCAGCAGAAUCUUGAUCGUCUGCGUUCCGAGAUAAGGAACCAGAAUCCCGCAAUCACCAAUCCAACCGACGUGCUGGUAUUAGUGCUUGUACAAGAUUCUGCAAAAGCGGUCAGAGAAUAUGUCAAGUGGUGGGGGGAUGUCAAGCGAGGGAUACCGACGCAAGUGGUUAAGGCCUCUAAGCUUAUGGGCCAGAAAGGCUUCGACCAAUACGUUCGAAACCUGGGUCUCAAGAUCAACGCGAAAUGCGGCGGCCUCAAUAUGGUCCCGGCAAGACCCAAUGCCAGUAUCAUGCCUCCACCACCACCGCGACCGAGCGAAGGCUCCCAACACGUUGGGUUUACUAUGGUCUGUGGUCUUGAUACGUCGCAUCCACCUUCGGGAAGCAGUUCUCCGACUAUGGUUGGCUUCGUGUACUCGGUCGACUCUCGAGGAGUCGAUUACCGGGCUGAGAUCCAAGUACAGCCACCGCGCGUGGAGAUCGUUAGUACGGUUGGCCAAAUGAUGCUCGACGCGUUGUUUCAGUUCUCCAGGACCGGCUCCCGAAUCGUUACGCGAGUUGUAUUCUACCGUGAUGGCGUUUCGGAGGGUCAAUUUGAGGAGGUCGCGAACAAGGAGAUUGCUUUGAUUUACCAGGCGUUCGACAAGAUGGAAAAGGCUGUUGGAGUGAGGCCCAAGCUGACUUUUAUCGUUGUCGGGAAGAAACAUCAUAUUCGAUUCUUCCCAGAGAGGAGGCUUGGCGAUCAGACGGGAAAUGCAGUCCCUGGUACGGUCGUCGACACUCAAAUUACGACGUCGGAUCCGAAUUUGUUCGACUUUUACAUGUGCUCUCACGGUGCACUGAUAGGAACCUCGCGCCCGGCCCAUUAUACCGUCCUUCGAGACGAUGGUGGCUACUCCGCGGACGAUUUGCAGCAGUUCUCGAAUGACUUAUGCCAUGUUUAUCAGAUCGCGACGCGGAGUGUCUCGAUUCCGGCUCCGGUCUAUUAUGCAGAUAAAGUUGCAGGUCGCGGCUCAAUCUUGUUCCAUACCGCCGAGCUGGACACGGCCUCGCUUUCGUCUGACGGCAGGACGCCACAAGAAUGGGCGUCGCUCUUCUACCACAAGGGGACCGAAGAUAAGCCCAACAUCGUCUAUCCUCAUCGAGCGACUCUGCAGAGGAUGUUCUGGCUUUGA